AUGAGUAUAAAACGGGUGAGUUUUCGUCCAAUAUCAUCAGUCUACUUGAGAAAUUUAAACGAAAACUUCUUAAAUAAACAAAACAAAGGAAACAUGAAAGUUUUAAUUUUCGUAUCGUUGGCGUUGUUUGCAGUUGCAAAUGUUGAUGCACAUCCAACUAAAGAACAUUUUGAGGGUUUUGGGGUCAUGAAAGAAGAAUUACUUGAGAAGUUGAAAGGUUUGUCAUCGGCUGAACGAAAAGAAGAAAUGCAGAAAAUUGUUGACGCUCGCUUGGAGAAAUUCGAUGAAGUAUACAAGAAAUUUGAAUCAGCAACUCCUGAAGAACGUGAAGAGUUAAAAGCUGAAAUGGAAGCUAGAAUCCCAGAAAAUAUGCGUGAGAAGUUCUCGAAAUUGUCUGACGAAGAAAAGGAAAAAAUGCGUGAAAGUUUUAAGAAGUUUGCUGCCAUGGACAAAGAUGAACGUCACGAAGUUAUGAUGAAACUUCACAGACAUCAAUUCAAAAAACAUUUUGAAGACAAGGAUGUCCCUGAAGACGUUCGUGCUCACAUGAAGGAGAAAUUCGAAUCACUUUCACCUGAGGAACAACAGAAAUUGCAUGACAGACUUCAUCAUCAAAGAUUCCAACCAAUCAUGCCAUAUGACCAUGAACGACCACACCUCACUGAAGAACAAAAAGAAAAAAUUCGCGAACAUUUUGAAUCUUUGACACCAGAAGAACGUGAAGAAAUCAGAAAAUUAAUGCAUACUCGUCCAAUGGGCCCACGAGAGCCACUUAUCCCUGAAGAAGUUGUAGAAGUAGAAGAAGUCGAAGAAGUUCUUGUUCCUGAAACAGCAGUAGAAGUUGAAGAAGUCGAAGAAAUCCAAGAAGAAGUCGUCGCAAAUGAAUAA